UCUAGGGGUUGCAGGUGUACCAUCUUGCAACUUUCAUUUUGGAGUUUACUUAGUUACCGGGCAUUCUCCGACGUUGGAGUGUCUUGCCAGGCGGCCCUUCAUGUGCUUGCUAAGCAGCACAGUGACGUCUCCCCGUGCUCUGAACGGGACAUGCCGACAGGUUUGCUGGGAACAGGACUUCUAUAAGGACCAAUAUGUCUGGAAGGCUGUGGUCCAAGGCCAUUUUUGCUGGCUAUAAGCGGGGUCUCCGGAACCAGAGGGAGCACACGGCGCUUCUUAAAAUUGAAGGUGUUUAUGCUCGAGAUGAAACAGAAUUCUAUCUAGGCAAGAGAUGUGCUUACGUGUACAAAGCAAAGAACAACACGGUGACUCCUGGUGGCAAACCAAACAAAACCAGAGUAAUCUGGGGAAAGGUAACUCGUGCUCAUGGAAACAGUGGAAUGGUUCGUGCUAAAUUCCGAAGCAACCUUCCUGCUAAGGCUAUUGGACACAGAAUCCGUGUAGUAAGUACAAUUAUAAGCAAAAUACUUGUUGAGUCAAACUAAGCUCAAGGUGUUGGA